AUGAGGGGUAUUUGCUUUGAAGUCUGUGAUGUGGUUCUUCAUGCUGAUGCCAUCCACAGAGGAGGUGGUCAGGUCAUUCCCACUGCUAGGACACUCAUCUAUGCUUCCCAGCUCACUGCCAAGCCAAGGCUCCUUGAACCUGUAUAUCUUGUUGAAAUCCAAGCUCCAGAGCAGACUGUUAGUGGUAUCUACGGUGUUCUUAAUCAGAAACGUGGGCACGUGUUUCAGGAAAUGCAGAGGCCUGGUACUCCACUGUACAAUAUGAAGGCAUACCUCCCCGUCAUUGAAUGUUUUGGGUUCUCUGGUCAAUGA